AUGCUUUCAAUCCGAAAACACACGAAUUCGCAGUUUGGACAGUCGCCAAUUGUACUAAAGAAACCAAAUUUGGAAGAAAAUAGUUUUCAAGGAAAUAAAGAAAACAAGAAACCAGAAUGGGAGACAAUUCCUGACAUGUCCUCAAAUCCUGAACCACCAAAGACAGUUCCGGUUCUUUCACCUACAUUUCACGAGGAACACCAAUACCUAAAUUUAAUUAGGCAUAUAUUAGAACAUGGUCAAAGACGUUCUGAUAGAACGGGCACAGGAACACUUGCAGUUUUCGCUCCAAACCAGCUACGUUUCUCGUUACGCGAUAACGUGUUCCCACUUUUGACUACGAAACGCGUAUUUACUCGUGGUGUUAUCGAAGAAUUAUUAUGGUUUAUAAGAGGGGAUACUAAUUCGUUGCAUCUCAAAGAAAAAAAUGUUCAUAUUUGGGACGGAAAUGGGUCUCGUGAGUAUUUGGAUAAAGUCGGAUUAGGGCAUAGGAAGGAAGGUGAUUUGGGGCCUGUGUAUGGAUUUCAGUGGAGACAUUUCGGAGCGGAAUAUGUGGAUUGCGAUACGGAUUAUACAGGAAGAGGAGUUGAUCAAUUACAAGAAGUUAUAAGAAUGAUUAAGAGUGAUCCUACUAACAGACGUAUUAUAUUGAGCGCAUGGAAUCCGGCAGAUUUAAGUAAAAUGGCACUACCUCCAUGCCACAUGUUUUGUCAAUUUCAUGUGUCUAAUCCGACACCCGAAUCACCCAAAUCAACUCUUUCAUGUCUAUUAUAUCAACGCUCUUGUGACAUGGGUCUUGGGGUACCGUUCAAUAUCGCGAGUUAUGUAUUACUCACUCGUAUGAUUGCACACGUUACCGAUCUCUUACCGGGUGAAUUUAUUCACACUAUGGGCGAUGCACAUGUAUACAUCGAUCAUGUAGAAGCGCUCAAAUCUCAAUUAGAACGCGAACCGAGAGCUUUUCCAAAACUAUAUAUAAAAAGAGAUGUGAAGGGUAUUGAUGAUUUCCGGUACGAGGAUUUUGAAGUUGUUGGAUAUAAACCGCAUAAAAAGAUUGAGAUGAAAAUGUCUGUUUAA